AUGGAAAGGGACAGGCGGAUCUCGGGCGUCAACAAGUACUACGUGUCCAAGGCAGAGCAGACCACUAAGCUGACAGUCCUCAACGUUCUCAUCGUGGUGCUGACAGGAGGCGGGGGCAGCUCCCGCCAGCCCGGGCUGCAGAGCGGAGCUGACGCAGCUGAAUAUGACAUCAAAAAUAUCCAGUGGACCACAUGCAAGGACUUCACCGUGCAGAGAGGACAGGAGCAGAUUGAGGAAUACAUCUCUACAUGGGAGUUUCAUGAAAGUUGGCUUCACUGGACACAAUUUCUCCGGGAAGAGGAUAUGAAGUAUAGCAAGAGGUACCAUUACAGAGUCUGCUGGAGCACCCCAACACGCAGAAAACCCAUCCCACGAGCCACAGCAAGUGUCUACUUCAUUAUAGAGGUCUCCAAAAUCAAACCAGCUACCUUGCCCGUGGAGGUGUUCUUCAUUCUGGAAACGAGCAGGCUGAUCCACAGGCCAGGAGAGUGUCGAUUUAGAGAAAAGUGGCUUAAAGACAUCAUUGAAAAUAAAAUCAUCCUCAUGGAGAGUCUUAUUUUAUAA